AUGACAAUCGUCACUGAACAUUUGGACGAGGUUGUAGCAAUUAGAACUAACCUCAAGAAUUUAUCUGAAAUACCAAGCUGUUUUCGCUCUCUCCACAAAGGGUGGGGAGGGGGGGGGGGGGGGGGGGGGGGGGGGGGGGGGGGGGGGGGGGGUUGGGGGGGGGGGGGGGGGGGGGCAACAACGAGAGGAGACACGAGAGAUAUCACACACAACAGUGAGUGUGGACUCAGAGCUUAG